UGGAAAAUUAACGGGAUAAUGAACCAGUAGCGGCGCGUACGUCUUUUGGUGACGUAUGACGCACUGAGCCGAGCCGAUCCAGCCUACAGCUGACUCCCCUGUUCAUUCUCAGGCCGGGUAGGACCCCAGCAAUAUUACUGCUCAUCGGUUAAACCUACGGAGAUCGGGCUUUACAAUCGCCAUCCAUCCUUUCAACACACAACAUUUUGUGGAACUAUAACACUGUCACUGAUCAGAACAUACCAUAAGUCGUUGAAUCGAAUCAGAAGGCACUGGGAAGAGGCGCAAAGAAAAAUUUCCAUACUCGAUGACAUUACAUCGCAAUGUCCGAUCGUUUGGGGCAAAUAACCAAGUCCAAGGAUGGGAAAAGCAAGUAUUCCUCACUCAGCCUAUUUGACAAGUACAAGGGAAAAUCAAUAGAAACUCAGAAAAACACAGUUCAGCGACAUGGCUUGCAGAGUCUUGGCAAAGUGGCCACAGCCCGGCGCAUGCCCCCACCCGCUCACCUGCCUAGCUUGAAGUCAGAAAACAAAGGAAACGAUCCCAACGUGAUUAUUGUGCCCAAAGACGGUACAGGAUGGGCGAACAAGCAGGAACAACCCGAUCAAAAGAGUUCUGUUGCGUCAAUACCACAGCUGCCGGAGUUGCAGCCGCCGCUGGCUUUACAGAAAUCUGUCUCCAAUCUUCAGAAGCCCUCACCGGUAGCCAGCCAGGAGAGCACAAACAUAGGUGGACCAAAGCAAUGGGCCCAGCUAAAUGGAAAGGCAGUAGAGCUAGAUGGUUCAAGGGCCUCAAACCGACUUCAGCCCUUCUCUCACGAGGAAUUUCCCACUCUGAAGGCAGCUGGAGAACAGGACAGGGCUGGCAAGGAAAGAAGCGGCUUCGAUCCGUCGUAUGGGCCCGGACCAAGCCUCCGCCCCCAGAAUGUGACGAGCUGGAGGGAAGGUGGUGGCAGGAACCUUCAACCCUCGUCCCUGACCCCUGGCCUGCCUGCAGAUCCUGAGGGUAAGCCCACUGCCCUUGGUGAGAGUGGUACCCUUCCAGCCUCAUCUCACCCCUCCUCUGCCACUGGCACAACCUCAUCCAAUGCAGUGACAGCUCAGUCACCAGGCCUCGACCCCAAGGAGCCAUCCCUGCGACCUGCUCAGCCUGUCCGCAGAACAGCUGUCCCCACUGCUCUGCAGUACCAGCUUUACCACACUUCCACUGCUGUCUACCAUGACAUGUUGCCCGCAUUUAUGUGCUCAAAAGAGACACGUGAAACCCCAGGUACAGAACACGUUCCUACCACCGUAGCAGCCCCAGCCCGAUUUGACAGCAAACCAACAUUUCGACAGAGCUACGCCAAACCUGAACUUGUCAACGGUGAUGUGAGAAGAGAGAACCGCUUUGUCCGUGCUCCACCACGACUCUCUUCUCAGCCUAUUCGCAGGCCUGGUGACAGACCACUGCGCCCUGCCAUCAUUAAUCCAGAGGACCUGAAGGAUCUGGAUGAACUUGACAAUGACUGUGAAGAUGGAUGGGCUGGACUCCAUGAAGAAGUUGAUUAUAGUGAGAAGCUCAAGUUCAGCGAUGAUGAAGAAGAACACUCAUCAAAUGAUAAGAACAAGAUGUGGACUGAAUGGGAGAAGGAGAGAGAGAACCAGCGUGACUGCCAGUCCUCAAGUUCAGGUGAGACAUCUUACCCCCAGGAGGGCCCUGAGGAGAGUUACUCUUACCAACAUCACCAUCAUGAGCCUCCCAGGAAGAGCAGUGGUAGAUAUCUCUCUGUGGAAACCCAGAAAAACCAGAGUGAGCCAUUGGCUGACCAGGAAGAUCACCAGCGCCUGUCUCAGACUCAGGCUCCUGCUAGGGCAAAGUAUGUGUCACCCGAGCUGUCUGAGGCUGUUGAGAGAGCCCGCAGACGCCGGGAGGAGGAGGAGAGGCGUGCCCGUGAAGAACGCCUGGCUGCCUGUGCUGAAAAACUCAAAAAGCUGGAUGAGAAGCUUGGGAAGACUGAAAGGCAGACGGAGGGCCAGAAAGAGGGAGAGGGUAAAGAAGCCCCUCUCUCCCCAAAUAGGGAACAAAGUAAAGGCCACCAUGACAGCUGGCAUUAUAGCACAAAAGAUGAGUGUCGCACAGACAGCUCCCCUGGUCAUAGUUACUGUGGGGAACAUGGCUUCUCUGCCUACCGUGGCAGCGCAGAUGAUGGCCAAGAGCCUUCCUCCCCCUCAGGAGACUACACUAUACGUCAUCCCCCCAAACCCAUCCCACCGCGCUUUCAAAAGCAGCCACAGCAACAGGAACAAGUUUACAAGAUGCAGCAUUGGCAGCAGUCGGGUCACCCUGCCCCAUCUGGCUCAAGCCAUUCCCAGCGGGGCUACUAUCCCCCACAUGUUCUCGGAUUUGACCCCCGCUGGAUGAUGAUGCCUCCUUUCAUGGAUGCCCGCAUGACCCAAGGACGAUCUCCUGUGGACUACUACCAAGGUGCUGUCCACUCCUCAGAUAAAUAUCCUGGUUCUGAUGAUGGAUGCCAUUCCAACCUGCACCCGGAGAGAAGAGCCCCUUCCACUGAACCUUACCCUAUGUGGAACCAAGAUGGCUACCCCUUGCGCAGCUUUACUCCACCUUACCAGAGACAACAUGAAAGCACAGACAGUGGUCAGCCAGAUGACAGAAGUGAUAUGGCCUGCUCUCAACAGGACUUGUAUGAAGAGAGGGCCAAUGAGUGCUUGACUUAUGAUGACGAUCUCCCUCAUCAUGCUUACCAGAGCCGAGGCUCAGACAGAGAACACCAUACCCAAGGCUUGCUGACCACUGCUCAGAACCACUCCCAGAAUCAUGCAGAUAGUGAAUACCUAAAAGAAGACUCUAGAGACAAACAUUUGAAAGAUGGUUCUACAUUUCAUGAUGACAUCCUAGAUGGCUCCAAGGACAAAUGGAAAAGAGAUGGAGGCCAGAAACAAGACACAGGACUCAACAGUACCCAAAGCCAGUGGUCUGAACCCAGUUCUAGUUCCAGUAGUAGUGUCGGCCAGCCUUCCGAGAACAGUGGGCGCACUUUGACUCGCAGAACCGGGCCUAUCAAGAAACCAGUUCUCAAAGCUCUCAAAGUGGAAGACAAAGAAAAUGAGAAGCCUAAAGCUGAGCCUGAGGAGAAGCCUGUCCCAUACCGUCUAGAGAAGGAAGUCCUUACUAAUGUUUAUGACUUGAAGAAAGAUAACCAGCCUGCCAGCAACAGGCGUUCAGUCUCACCUGUUGUUGAGAAACAACCAGAAGAAAGGCAGCGUCCGUCACCAGUUCCAACCAAAACAGAAAGGCUUCUGAGCACACACAGUGACGACUCCCCAAAAGAGAGCACCUGGGACAGUGGCAAGGGCCAUUCCCUCAGAGAUAAUCAAGAAAACCGGGAGCCCCAGGCACCACGACGUAAUAACUGGAUCUUCAUCGAUGAAGAACAGGCCUUUGGUGCAGUCAGGGGAACAGGUAGGGGCCGCAGCCGAGGAUUUAGAGAAUUCAGCUCCAGAGGUGGAACCCGUGGUGGUCGAAGUGGAGACAAUCUCCGGGGGGCUUAUAACAACAGUAACAGUAGUGGCACUCAGCGCACAGGCAGAGGCCGAGCACCACCUAGAGACCUUAUCAAGGUGGAGGAGUUCCAGAGAGGCAAGCCACGGAGGCGAAAUGUCAGUGAGACCUUGAGUGAAGCUUCUGAGUAUGAAGAGCUACCCAAGAGGCGUCGGCAGAAGGGAUCUGAAAAUGGAGAAGGUUACACAGAAUCUGGAGAAGUCCGUAAAGCUGACAGAGACUCUUGGAGAUCCAAUAAAGUUUAUACAGAUGACCAGACAGCCACUGAUUCCAGAGAAAAGGCCAAGACCAGCAGGGGCUUUGGAGGUCGCAUGCUGCCUCCAAGACUGAACACCACUGGAAGUUACAGUCGAAACUUUGGAGGCUCCAGGGACAUUUCUACAUGGCGAGGCCGUGGCCCCCAGUUUAGUAGCAGUGGUGGUGCUAUUCAAGAAAAUGGUUAUGGUCCUGGAGCUGAGACAUCUUACUCACGUAGACCACCUGUUGAACGUGAGACCCUCAAAUACAGCCCAAAAUUCACUGGCUCUUUCACUGAAAAUGGCACAGAGGACCGUGAAGGAGAGUAUUACUUUGACAAUGACAACCCUGACAGGCAGAUGUUAAGGAGACGGCGUCCACCCCGUCAAGACAAGCCUCCGCGCUUCCGUCGUCUGCAACAAGAACGUGAACCUUGCUCAAAUCAAUGGACGAGUGAUGAGUACAUAAAUGGGGAAUUUGCAAACCCCUGGCCUAGUCACUCCAAAGGUAGUGGGGAAGACAACUGGCCCAGUGGCCAUUAUUCUGGUGGACGUUCUAGCCAGCAUGGCCAAGCUGAGGAAUGGGAGACAGGAUCGGACAACAGUGACUUUGGGGACUGGAGAGAGAAGCGAGGUGGAAGUGCAGUUGCAUCUACACAGGGACAUGUUGAUAUUCCCUCUGACUCUGGCCACAGUGAACCAGGUUCUGGUGAGAAGAGGGAACUUUCCAAGAGAAGCUUCUCCAGUCAGAGGCCAUUGGUGGAACGGCAGAACAGGAAAGGAGAGUCAUCACUGCUGGAAGUGAGCAAGAUGGCACAUACACCUGACCACCCCCCCACCUCCUCCUCUAACAGGAGUGACAGUUGGCAGAAUGGAGGGACUUCUUGUAAGAGCAGGAGCCCUGAUGAAUCUGGCCCAAUCUACAGCAUAGAGCCGCCAGAGGAGAGGGAGCCCACUGAGCCCUCUGGGAAAAAAUUGGACAAAGCACUGAAACCAGGAUCUGUCAAGACGGACAUAGCCGAACCUCUGUCCCAGUAUGAACUCGGCGGCUACCCACUUGAGGGGGAUGCAGGGGGACCAGUUUCAAAUCCAGAUGGAUACCAAAAUGCCUUGUCCAAAAAGCAAAGACGUCCACAAGAUGAUGAGAGGAGGAGGAAGGAACAGGGAGCUGCUGUGCCAGUGAAGAACAGGCCAAUUGCAUCUAAGAUGCCGCCACGCUUUGCCAAAAAGCAGGGAAGCAUGAGCAUUGAACAACCUGAAGAGGUGCUUUCUUCCAACAACUUAGGAACUGAAAUCUGGGAGACCAACAGUUCAGCUCUUUCAGUACCAUCUUCAGGUGGAGACUCGUGGACUAAACAGGUGUCUUAUACUGGGAGUGAGCCCAACUCUGAGGACUCAGAUGCUGGUCCGGAGCAGAGUAAAGAACAGCACAAGCCAGGACCCAUUGGAAAUGAACGCUCCCUGAAGCACCGCAAGGGCUCAGAAGGUGUUGAUCGGCUGGAAGGUGGCUCCAUCACUCCAGUCAAUGGUGUGGACCUCCACGUGGACGCUGUGCUGCCUGUGCCUCCUAUUGAGUUUGGUGUCAGUGCCAAAGACUCUGACUUUAGUCUGCCACCAGGCUCCACCCCAGUUCCCGUGUCCAAUCCUGUUAACAAGCUUCAGGACGCACUUACCACCAAUUCGGCUCUCAAUCAGAGUAUCCCCAUGCUACGUUCCAACCACCUGCAGCCUGGCAUUAACCUCAACCCCAUCUCCUUCCCCAGUGCUGACCUUACUCUUAAGAUGGAAUCGGCACGCAAGGCAUGGGAGAACUCCCAGUCCCUCCCUGAGCAGGGCUCUCCUGGCGGAGGUGCUUCAGGUGCUCAGCCUCCCUGCAGUGUUGGCUCAUCCAGUGGGGUCAGCUACAGUUCUUUUGGAGGUGUUUCCAUGCCUCCAAUGCCUGUGGCAUCAGUUGCACCUUCCAUGUCCAUGCAAGGUAAUCAUAUUCCCCCAUUGUAUCUGGAUGGUCAUGUCUUCCCAAGCCAACCACGCCUUGUACCUCCCACCAUGACCCAGCAGCAGACCUACCAACAGGCGGCUGCAGCCCAGCAGAUACCCAUCUCUUUACACACGUCUCUUCAGGCUCAGGCUCAGCUGGGACUUCGAGGAGGUCUACCUGUUUCUCAGUCCCAGGAAAUGUUCAACUCUAUUCCCCCCUUCAGGUCCCAGGUUUACAUGCACCCCAACCUGUCACAACCCAGCCCCAUGGUGCUGUCGGGAGGAGCCCCUCUCAAGGGGCCCUACUCAGCUUUCCCUGGCAUGCAGCCCUCAGACAUAGUCAAGUCACAGUCAGGCUCACACUACCAGCCUAUGAAUGGCAACCAGCAGUUAGUCUAUGACAGCCAGAUGAACCAGGGGCCUGGUAUGGGUUCUUCCCAGUUAAUGGACUCCCAGCUCAUCCAGGUUGGUGAACUGGUGAAGUUCUGUUUCAGAACUAACAAGGUGACCAUGCCACUGCCUGGCUCUCAGCUGCGCUAUGGCUCAGCUCAACAACAUCUCAUCCUCCCACAGUCCAUCCAGCUACAGCAGGGGCAGAACCUGUCUGUCGGAGGCCCACGCAGAAUGCUGCCACCUGGCUCCCAGCCGGCGGUCAUGACUGGCAGCCGAGAGGGUUCCCAGAUUGAAAUGAAAGGGUUCCAGUUCACUGAGAAGCCCAACCACUCCCCAGGCAUGUCCGGAGGGUCCUAUAGGCCUGGGUCUGCCAGCCCCAGUGGGAAGCUUUCUUGUCCUGGGGGCCCCAUUGGCCCUCUACCUACACAUUUUACUCAACAGGUCCCACCUGCUCAAGGCAGCAUGGUGAUGCACAUGCGGCCUACCACCACUGGCCCUUUCCCCACCCCCAUCCAGAGACCCGUCAUGCAGGUCAACAAGCCUGUCAUCAUCCGCUCCCCCUCUUACCCCAGUCCUGGCCGUGACCCUUCCCACUCUACCCCUCCCUCUGCCCCCGAGCCCCCCGUCAAAGGGUCAGAGGAUGGCAUGAAGAAUAAAACCAUCAGAGAAGUGCGCAAGGCAGUGGGUGAGGGCAAGACACCACCUGGGGGCAUGACCAGCAAACUCCAGGAGCCCCUGCCCUCUACGGGGCAAGCCAAACCAGCACGCACUGGAGCCAUAAAACCCCAGGCUGUCAAAGUAGAGGAGGGCAAGGCAUAAAAAUGGACCUUAAAAUCCUCAUCAUCACCCAGCCUGCCAACACAAAGCCCCAUGACCAGUGUCUGAGCCUUCUCAGACUCAUUUUAUCCCAAGGCGCACCAAGGCAAGGGGCAAACAUGGAAACAUGAUGAAUCACCCCUCUUGGACUGUCAGAACUGGACACAGUUUCACACCACACAUAGAGAUAUACAUAUAUAUAAAUAUAUACAUAGACACAGUCUUUAAAGCAGAGCUCUUCAAGGUCCUCUCUAAUUUAUUGUUGUCACUUUUAAGGGGAGAAUGGUAAAGAUAAAAUAUUUUUUGUUUCUCCUCAACGUGGAUAAAAGGAAAAUGUCCAGCUCAGACAGAUGGUUCAUUUUUCAUGUCAAUUUGCCAAACUGUAUUUUACACCCUGUUUAUGGACUGUAGCCCUUAAAGACCAGGCAGACACUUGAGUGGUUAUGAAAAGCAAAGUCUGUCUAUUUUGUUUUUGUUUUAUUUUAACAUAUUUGAGAUGAAAUGGGGCACUUUGUCAUUUUUCAGUGACAUUUUUGCUGGUAAAUAAAGGUUCAAAUCAUCAUUACACAUUCAUCCUACUGGUAAAGGACUUGUUUUUUUCACCCAGAAAAUUCUGAAUUCCAAGUUAUGGAUACCAUUGCAUGUCAACAUGGCAAAAGUCAAGCGUGUCAGCCUAGAAUUGUUACUUCUUUGUGUAGCCCGGGAACUGUGGCGAAACUUAGAUUGGUAGAAAUGAAUUCUUUUCUUAAGCCUUUGUUGUUUGCUUUUACCUUCUGUUGUUUGCUCUCUUCUGUAUGUAAACUGAGACAAAAUAGUCUAUUUUACCAAAACCAUGUUGCUUCCAUGGGAACUUCACUGGCGUUGAUAGCGUGUGCAUGUGAUAUACUGAAUGUGUGUAAACUUGCAGGACUCCUACUUAGAAGCUAGGAACAUUUCACAAAGACUGUACCCCAACUCCUCGUUCAUUAUGCUGCCAUCGACCAUGCAGACUUUGAUCAACCAAGCUGGCAGCAGUUUGGGGUUUAUUGUAAAGUUUUGUGUGGGCUGGGGAGGGGGGGAUGCAUUCACAAUUGCUAUAAAGGACCCCAAAAAUACCUGAUUGAAAUGUUUACUGUAUCACUGUAUUUGGGUGAAUCAGAUUGUUCAAUUAUGAACGUGAUUUUUUUUUUUUU